AUGUAUUCUAUGGAAAUACAGCAACAAGAACAUAUCCAACAAAAUAUCCAAACAAAUAUCCAAAAAGAACAGCAACAUUCCCAAAAUUCCCCAAAAAAUCACCAUCACCAACAACAAAAAGCUCAGCCAAUUUUAACAAUGCGAGAUGCAAUUAUUUUUGCCAUUACAUAUUCCACAGAUCUUUGCUCAACAAUUAAAAUGCCCUACUUUUUAACUUUAACACAAAAUGAAUUACAAGAGUUGGCAACAAAUGGGGGAGAACAGGGGAAUGAAAUUAAUAAUGGGGGUGGGGCUGGAAGUAGUUGUAAUAUUCGUGGAAGAACGAGAAAUAUUACUAGUGGUAAAUAUUAAAAUUUUGGAAAUAUUAAUGGUUUUAAAGCUUGAAAUUAGGGUUGUUGAAUAGUUGGGAAUCCUCGGAUAUCCGGUAUCCGAACCGAAAAUUUCGGAUACCCGAAUCAGACGACCUUACUUGAAAUAUUUUUUAUUCUUGAUUGUAUUAAAAAAAGGGGGAGUUUUUCAGUAUAUUAGCUUAUUGGGGACGAUUUUAAAAAUCGCAACCUUUAAUCAGUUGGAUACUGUAUAUGGUUCAAGCAUAGGAAAUAGUACUAUAAG